UUUGUGCGUUGUGGAGGGAGAGAGAGAGAGAGACGCGAAUAAAAAAAAAAAUCCCCACAGCGAGCAACAUCACCUGCGGAGAGACACGCCAGCUUCUUACGCUGGAUUCCUCCCGUGGCGUUGGGAACAGACAUCAUCCACGUUGCUGUGUGGUUUGUUUGUUGUUGUUUUUUUACGAGAGGCGUUAUCAGGAAGGAAAUCUUUAAGUGUCUCUCGGUGUAUUGUCACAGGAGAAGGGGCACCCAAAUCUGUCCCUCUUGAGGACGGGACCUUUGAAGCUCAAAGCAACAACAAUGGACUACGCUUCCACAGGGAACUCACUCUUGGAGCCGUGCUGUACACACACAUGGGAUUGUAGCGUUUCAAACCCAGACGACAUUUGUCUGUUGAGUUGUUAAACUGUGUUUCCGUGUCGGGGGUCGUCAGUCGGAGCCCGUGAUGCCCGCGAGGAACAGGUACAACCUGGUGGACGAUGUGGCGGACUCGAGGGUGCCGCUCCAUAAUGAAGAGGCUUAUCAGCAUGGGAUUCAUUUCCAAGCCAAGUACGUGGGGAGUCUUGACGUUCCCAGGCCCAACAGUCGGAUGGAGAUCGUGGCAGCCAUGAGAAGAAUCAGGUAUGAAUUCAAGGCCAAGAACAUCAAGAAGAAGAAGGUUAGCAUUGUGGUGUCUGUGGACGGGGUCAAGGUGAUGCUGAGGAAGAAACAGAAGAGAAAAGAAUGGACAUGGAAUGAGAGCAAGAUGAUGAUCAUGCAAGAUCCCAUAUACAGGAUUUUCUACGUGUCUCACGACUCUCAGGACUUAAAGAUCUUCAGCUACAUUGCAAGAGAUGGUUCCAGUAAUUCCUUCAGAUGUAAUGUCUUCAAGUCAAAGAAGAAGACGCAGGCCAUGCGUAUUGUGCGGACAGUAGGUCAGGCCUUUGAAGUGUGCCAUAAGCUCAGUCUGCAGCAUGCUGAGCAGGAUGCAGACGGACAGGCGGAUGGAGAGAGUGACAAGUCCACAGAGGAGCCCAGCAGUCAUGAUCGUAAACUAACAGGGGCAGAGCGAGGGGAGGAAGAGGAGGACAGCAAACAUGGAGGAAGGCGAGGAGGAGAGGGUCCUUCAGCUGGCACUUCACUGUGUGAAAAGGCAGUCAAUGAAAUUCUGCAGAGUCUGGCUGAACUGAACGUGGUCAAACCUGGACAGACCAUCAUAGACUUUGAUCGAAGGUCCCUCUUCACUGUGACAUCCCAAGGCAUUACUCCCAGCAGCCCUUGCUCCCGAUCUCUCACUCCGCUGGCAUCACAGCACUACCUGCAGCUUCUUCAGCAGCAGCUACAGCAACAGCAGCAGCACACACAGGUGGCUGUCGCACAGGUGCAGCUGUUGAAGGAUCAGAUGGCAGCGGAGACUGCUGCUCGUAUGGAGGCCCAGGCCCGUGUCCACCAGCUGCUGCUGCAGAACAGGGACUUGCUGCAGCACCUGGCCCUGCUCGUGCAGCAGCUGAAAGAGCUGGAGGCCCGCUCCCCAAAAACAAUACAGCCAGGGCAGCCACAACAGGAGCCUCAAGCUAAUGGACACAAUGGUCCACAGUCAUGCAGCUCAGUUUCUACAGCAGCAAAGUCUCUGUCUCUGAAUCUGAAGAAACACUACAGCCAGACCCUGGACCAGCUCAUCACCUCCACACCUGCAUGGCCACUCCAAACCUCCCCCCUCUCCCCCACCCAAGUGGACUGCGCUGAGUCCUACCUGAACCUGCUCAACCUGGAGAACAGCACCAAACCAGAUGCAGCUGUCAAUGGAGACCCGGACUCCUUUAUCAGGGCCAAUGGGACAGCAGAUAACAAGGAGAGCCCAUGCAAUGAGAUCGUCCCAUUCACGUUGAGGAACUCUGCCAACAUGGAUGAAAAGUGUAAACAGAUGAUCCCCAAACUUGACCCCCCUCCACCCUCCAUGAACCGCAAGCGGGCCAGCAGGACCUUGUCUCCGGGGUCAGAGGUCACAGCUGUGUCCACGCCUGUAGAGGUCACUGCGAAUGAUGCGGCCCCCAGCCACAGCGGCAGCCUCUCAUUCCCAGACAUCACCCCCAGCUCCUUGUCAUCCGCUGAUUUCCACUCCCUCAGCAACGGCGAGAGCAGCUCAUGUUCGGCCAGUGAAGACUCGGGCGUCCGUUCCGAGACCAAGUCCCUGCUGUCACCGCCGCGUGAUGACGAUGACCUGUUCGGAGACCACGGGACAUUUUUAACAGCCUCGAGCAGCUGUGACAGUCCCCUGGAGGAGAGAUGUGAAGCGGUUCUCUCUUCCUCUGAGUCGUAUCCUUCUGAGCCCCCCACCCUCGUCUCACAUUCGGACAACUAUGAGCACUCACUGCCCUUGUCCUCUCCUAUGAAUGAUACCUGCCUUCACAUCAGUUUCUCUGAGGAUGAGCUGCUGGAGAGUAACCAGGAAGACCCUAAUGUCCCACAGCGGAGUUAGGAGGAUGAGCUGAUGGGCCCCUGGAGACCUUUCACAAUAUCAGCUUUUAAUGCAAUACUUACUGUCAGACCCUCCUAUGUUUGCACUGGGCUCCAUUUCAGGACCUUUAAUUAUUCCGUCCACUUGUGACACAGUACAGACAUAGCAUAUACCAGUUACUGAAAAAUAAUCUGUCAUAUAAAUUAUUAGCCAGUGGACAGAUUUAGUAUUUUUGUAAUGAAAUUAAUGAUCUAAUUUACUUUUUAGUGAAUAGAACGUUAAGCAGAAUACAUGUAGCAAUUCUUGCACUGUUAAGGUCAGACAUAAUUUACCGUAGAAGUCAAAGCCAAUGAGGGAACACAUUUUAUUUUUGCUAGUAGUCAACAUUAAAACAUUAUUUUCUAUGAUGCUUCGCUGUGGUGCAAACUAUUGUGGGAAAUACAAUUUUCUGCAGAAUUCAGAGUGAUACGCGAUGAUCAUGCAAAUGUUAGUGAUGUUGGGAAAAGCCUCGCCUGUAAAGCACCUGACUGGAUGAUGGGUGGAAAGAAAAGAACAAGAAAGUCAGAUGAAGGCAAAAGGGAGGAUAGAAGUGAGCAGAUCUAGUUGUUUUUUGGUUUCUGCACAUCCAUUUGUGGCUGUGUAGUAUGUUUUGUUGUUUUUUUAAUUAUCAGGGUUGAGUGGGUUUUAGAAUAUUUUGUGCUACUUGUAUUUUGGGUUUUUCAGAUUUGUAGGCUUUAAAGCAGUGCUGAAUAAAUGAGUGGAAUAGCCGAAUAGGUUUUUUUAUUCUGUAUUGCAUUGAUUCUGUAGAUAGCAUGCUUGUAAUCCUUCAAAACAAAGGGAUUUCCACAUUGAAUUGAAAAUAUUUUAGGUUUGCGAAACAGCACAGGAAAUGAAAGCUUUGUGCGAGUGGGGAGUCUGUUAUAAAAUGAGACCUCAGUCUCAAUGGGAAGAUAAUUGGAGAAAGACAGCUUGGCAAAUGGAUUUUAUUUGUUCUGCCUCUCACUCUGUGAAAUCCUGAAUAGCUAGCAAAUCUGUUUCAUUUAGAGCUCUCAGGAUAAAUUAAGCUGACAUUGUAUAUAUGUUGUCUUCUUGUGUGUGUAUCUUUAUCUAAACGUUGGGAACAUUUAAUUGUUUUAACUUCAUUGAUGUAUAUCAGUAUAGAGCUACAACGAUUAAUCAAUUAGUUGAUCAACAGAAAAUUCAUCUGCAACAAUUUUUAUAAUUGAUUAAUAAUUUAAGUCAGUUUGCCAAGAAAUUUACUGGUUCCAGAUUCUGAAAUGUGAAUAUUUGCUUUCAGUUUUGGACUGACUAUUCUGACAUUUUUCUAUCUUUCAUAGAUUAAGCGAUAUAUCAGUGGAGAAAAUGAUCGAGAAAAUAAUCGGCAGAUUAAUUGUUAUUGCAAAUAAUCAUUUGUUGCCACCCUACAGCUGAAAAGCAGCUGUUCAAAUUCGCAUUAUUUAUUUUUUUACACGCAUGAGGCAAGACUUUGCUGUGUUGUUAAUAGUGUUUUAUUCAAUUGAGCACGCUGGGUUAAACUUUGACAGGUAGAAGUGACAAUAAAUGGAUGCGAGAGGAAAAGCAGCUGAGGUGUGAGAAGAUGGGUGGUGUAAAGGUGCAGGUGUAAAAUGCCCUCAGGCAAAGCUUUUAACACCCAGAAACGAGACUUUUCUCAACAUCACAUGUGGCAGGGAGCUAUAACAGCAAUAACACAUGGAAGAAAAAAAUAAUAAAGAGGAAUAGUUGAAGAA